AUGUCGGACGAGGAGCAUCACUUCGAAUCCAAGGCUGACGCCGGAGCUUCCAAGACCUAUCCUCAGCAAGCUGGCACUAUCCGCAAGAACGGUUACAUUGUCAUCAAGGGCAGGCCCUGCAAGGUUGUGGAGGUUUCCACUUCGAAGACUGGAAAGCACGGACAUGCCAAGUGUCACUUUGUUGGUAUUGAUAUCUUCACUGCCAAGAAGCUUGAGGAUAUUGUUCCCUCUUCCCACAAUUGUGAUGUUCCCCAUGUCAACCGUACUGACUACCAGCUGAUUGAUAUCUCUGAGGAUGGAUUUGUGAGUCUGCUGACUGAGAAUGGUAACACCAAGGAUGACCUGAGGCUUCCAACCGAUGACAGUCUGCUUACGCAGAUCAAGGAUGGCUUUGGUGAGGGGAAGGAUCUGGUUGUUUCUGUCAUGUCUGCUAUGGGAGAGGAGCAGAUUUGUGCUCUCAAGGACAUUGGUCCAAAAUAG